ACCCCAACAAAAAAAAAAAAAAAGAAGAAAAAGUCGUUAGAAAUGGCGGUGGUCCACGGCACACUAUUCCGUAGCCUAUGCGGUCUUCACCACCAAUAUCGAAACAUUUCUACCUCCUCCUCCGCCGUCUGUGAAUUCCUAAUUAAUCAUCAUAUUACUAGUAAUAAUAAUAAUAAUAAAUAUAUGAGCACGAAGAGCGGCGAGUCACCAGUGGAACCACCACCGCCGGAAUUAUCGGGCAAAAAUGCAUACGACCUUCUCGGAGUUUCUGAUACUUGUUCUUUUGCUGAAAUUAAAGCCUCUUUUCGGAAACUGGCAAAACAAACGCAUCCUGAUCUUUCUCAAUCUCCACUUAAUUCUCAUCGAUUUCUUCAAAUUCUCGCCGCUUAUCAGAUAUUGUCAGAUACUGAAAAGAGAGCUCACUACGACAGGUACCUAUUUACGCAAAAGGUAGUUGUCCAACAACGCUCGAGACAAGGUUCGUCAAUGUACACAUAUGAAUCCUAUGAAACAACGGAGAAGCAGAUGGAAGUUGUUGACUGGUUAAAAUGGUAUAGAUAUGCCAUAAAUGAUAUAGUAUCAGAGAGAAGGAUGGUGGAUGGAACUAGCUACUUUGAAGUACUUGAAAAUGAUUUUUACUCCGCCAUACAUGCAGCUUAUUAUGGUCCUGUGAUUCAGUCAAUGGAUUUCCUUCCUGAUUGUUUUGAAGCUGAUGUAAGGUCUGUUCCUGGAACUCCUGAGAUCCUGCAUUUGGUUUCUGGACGUGACCUUUUUGGGAAGGUAUGCAUAGCUAAAAAGUUUCUUGAAUUAUCUCAUGCUUGCAAUAAGCAACUCCCGUCACCCCAAAGCUUGAGUUUGGAGGUGAGUUACACGGAUCAUGAUUCAGGUACUCACACUUGUGAUGCAUACAAAGAUCUGGAGUUGCAUGUAGCAGGAAAAAUUGUUGCUGUUGCAAACAGGGUCCGAGCAAAGGGUGACACCACUAGCGUGUCAAAUGAAGAAUGUGAAGAUCGUAUUGAUGUUUAUCUCAAUCUACAUGAAGACGAUAUAUUUUCAGGCAGCGAGUCCAAUAAAAAUCCUGAAGAAGAUGUGGUUGCAUCUAAGGUGUUUCUGGGAACCAUAAUUGGAUUAGGGACCAGUGGGGACGAAGGGUCUUGCAUGGUGCAUGAUAGUUGUGGUGUAAAGACUCAUGUGGUUAUGAUUCAUCGGACACUACUGGUGAAACAUAUGCACUGGUAUCAGUUGGGAGACAAGGCUUCUCUUUGUGAAUGUAGAUGCACUAGAGCUCGGUUACCACCAAGCAAGUACUGGUUAUUUGAGCCUCGCUCUGGCUUGCAUGAUAUCGGUGGGUGGUAUAUUGAGACAUAUGGAAGGGAUAAUAAAGGGAAAAAUGUACCAUCUCAGAGAUAUUGGGAUGGGGUUGACGUUACAAAUCCUUCUGAAAGGAGGGUUCAUCCAGCCGUUUACUUGCUAGCUCUUGCCUAUCGUACUCUAGAUAUAGAAGAUGCCAAGAGAAAAAAGCAUAAGAUUAGAGAUUUAGUUGGAGGAACAUUGGCAGAAGCUUACAAUUGGUGCAAAAAACUGGUGUAGGAAGAGUAUAUAUGUGCUAUGUGUAUUUAGCACUGUCAUUGUUUGGAAAAUGACAAAAUCUGUUCCAGCAGUCGUCUUUAUCAAAAUUGGUUAUCACAUGUGGAAAACUCGAGAAUCUACAUCAGCUAUGCUGAUCAAUAAUAGGAAUAAGUAUGUACAGUGGAGGUAUGGAAGAACCAUUCAACAUCCAGUAUGUUAUGAAUUAAUCACUAGAGAAUGAGAGUUUGUGUGGGAACCCAUCAACUAUGCAUCGGUCAUUAGCCUUUAGAGUUUAGAUGUGACAUGCUUCUCCGAGUUAGCUUCAAGCAUCAUCAGGCAUCUUCAUUGUGCUUCUAUCUGUGUCAGGUUUAUAUUUGUGGUAUCAAUUGAAGUUCUAAGUUUUGAACAUUUGGAAAGAUAAUGAUGUCAUUCUGUGAUUUACAGCAAAAAGGAAGAGACCCGAAAGAAAACAAUGUCUCAUUUUGUUUGUCCAUGCAACCACCGCUUUUGUUGGAGACUGCUUCAUGUGGAAGAAGGAAGAACUUCUUUACCAAAGGUCUUUCUGAUUUUUCUGUUGUUUCCAUAUGUAAAAAUCAUGUCAACCAAAUAUCUUGCAAGGCAUAGAAAGAUAUAUGUAAAAUUACUUGAGGGGUGGCGAUUCCUGUUUGUACUUUUUAAUGCUACAUAUAUAUAUGCUAUACAAAUGACAACAUCAUUCUAGUUGCAA